AUGGACAUUCAAGAAUGUUCCAGGCAAAGUUUGCUUGGGCAAGAAAGUGGGGAGCAGCGUGAUAGCAAGGAAGUUUUGUUAAUUCAGAGCGAAGAACAUGGAGAAAGUAGUGUUCACCGGCAUUCUGAUUAUGUCAACCGACCUAUGGUUCAUGUCGGGGACGUUUUGCAAGAAGCGGCGGAAAUUGUUAGUGAACGAGGAACAACACGUGUGAAAGCUACGGAGGGGUCUGAAGUAUUGUAUGAUGAAGUUGAUGUGCAGUACAGUCCUCGGCAUGAUCAGCACCCUAUAGAGAUUAUCGUCAGGCACAGCACGGUAGUCUCGAAACCAGCGGAUAAACGAACGGCUGUUAGUGCCUUUACCUCCUCGAGUCGGCAGCAACCUUACAUUCUUAGAACAAUCACGGAGGGGAAAGAAUCGAGUGGAGCAGAAACGUCCAGUGAAGCCAUGCAAAUCCAGAAAUUUAAAAAAGGUCAUCGUAGAGCUUUUUCAGUACCUAAUGCAAACGGAAACCGAAUGACUAUUUCUGUCAUUGAUAGAGAUGAAUCUUUAAGAGACGGUCUGCAUAAACGGCAUACAGUUCGCUAUCUUUUAAGGCCAAAUAGCCAACAAAUGUCGUUAGAAGAAGCAGGUAUUGUUGAAGAAAGCGAUCCAUCUUUAGUUCCAAUCUUCAAAUUUCCAGAUGCUACCGAUGUGGAUAAUGAGUUAGAGAUCGAGAUAAACGAAGAGGAAAUUUUAUGUUCGCCUGAUGAAACGCUCCAACAUGGGCCUCGAACUGUUAUUAAAAAGUUCUGGGAAGCUAGAUGGAAAGUAACGAAUUUCGAAUUUUUGCCAGAAUGGUUACAGGAUAACGAAUACCUGCGUACCGGACACAGGCCCCCUCUUCCCAGUUUCGGUUCUUGUUUUAAAAGUAUUUUUUCAGUACAUACCGAAACGGGUAACAUUUGGACUCAUUUAUAUGGUUGUGUUGCGUUUAUCGGUGUAGCUGUUUGGUUUCUUACUCGUCCUUCAACAGUGGUGCAGUUACAGGAAAAAAUAGUUUUUGGUUUUUUUUUUAUUGGUGCAAUUGCCUGUAUGGGGAUGUCAUUUGCCUUUCACACUGUACAAUGUCAUUCCGUUAAAGUUGGGAAAUUUUUCAGCAAACUUGACUAUACCGGAAUCACUUUGCUAAUAGUUGGUUCGUUUAUUCCAUUUUUAUAUUACGCAUUCUACUGUCGGCCAUUAGCACUUAUCACUUAUACCUCAGUUAUAUGUAUUCUUGGAAUUGCUGCCGUUAUUGUUUCGUUGUGGGACAAGUUUGCCGAACCUAGGUUCCGUCCUGUUCGAGCCUCUGUUUUUGUUGCUAUGGGACUGAGCAGUAUUGGUCCAGUGAUACAUCUAUGGAUCACUGAUGGGUUGAGUCUUCUGCUAGAAGAAGCCUCUUUGCAUUGGCUUGUUUUAAUGGGAGUUCUGUAUAUAACUGGUGCUGUUUUGUAUGCUACACGAACACCUGAACGAUGCUUUCCCGGCAAAUGCGAUUUAUGGUUCCAAUCUCACCAGCUCUUCCAUAUGUUCGUUGUUGCUGCUGCAUUUGUUCAUUUUUAUGGUAUCACUUUGAUAGCUGUUAAGCGUUUAGAGCAGGGUUCUUGUGCAGAGCAACUACAAGAGCGCUAUGGGAUAACGCAGAAACCAUCUUUUUUUCCAAAUUUGUUUGGCAUGGAAAAUUGA